GGUGCGGCAACUUGCACCGUGUUGCACCUCAUGAAAACGGGCCCUAGCUCGCCGCGAGGCUCAGAGAGAGUGCGGGGUCGCAAUGGGGUCUGCCGUGCUGCGACUGCUGCUUCUGCUGGCCGCCGGUGCGGCAGCCGAUGACCGGCAGGUGUACACCUGCAACGCCACGCAGCUGCUGUCUCCCGAACUGAUCGCAGAGAUACGCAGCUACGCGCCGGUGGUGCAGAGCAUCAUCGACUACGUCCUCCAAGGUCCCGAGCGCAACCGCACCUACGAGGAGCUGGCCAAAUUCGUGGACCGAUUCGGCGCCCGCAUAUCGGGAUCGCGUAACCUGGAGAACGCCAUCGACUACAUGGUGGAGCUUUUGGGCCGCCAGGAACUGGACCGCGUGUACACGGAGCGCGUGGCCGUGCCGCACUGGGUUCGUGGAAACGAGUCGGCCUGGAUAGUGCGGCCGCGCAUGCAGAAGCUCAACAUGCUGGGCCUGGGUGGAAGCGUGGGUACGUCGCCCAGCGGAAUCACGGCGCCCAUUCUGGUGGUCAGAUCGUUCGAGGAGCUCCGCACCAACGCCUCAAAGGCCCGCGGCAAGGUGGUGGUAUUUGACGAGGAGUUCGUGAGCUACGGGCGCACCGUGGAGUACCGCGAGAACGGCGCCGCCGCGGCCGAGCGCGUGGGCGCCGUGGCCGCGCUGGUGCGCUCGGUGACGCCCUUCUCCAUCGGAAGCCCGCACACGGGCUGGAUGAACUACGAGCGCGGCAAGCCUCGCAUUCCCUGCGCCUCCAUCACCGUCGAGGACGCGCAGUUGCUCCGAAGGCUCCAGGACAGAGGUAUAGAAGUUCACGUUCACCUAAUAAUGGAUGCGCAAAACCUUCCACUGACCGAGUCACGGAACACCAUAGCUGAACUCAAAGGCACAACCAUGCCCGAUGAGGUGGUUCUCGUUAGCGGUCACCUGGACUCGUGGGACGUGGGCCAGGGUGCCAUGGACGACGGUGGUGGUGCCUUCAUCUCGUGGCGGGCUCUGGCGCUUCUGCGGAGGCUGGGCCUUCGGCCGCGGCGUACAUUGCGCGCCUUGCUCUGGACAGGCGAAGAGGAAGGCGUGUGGGGUGGCCGCGCCUACUACGAACGCCACGGUGGUCAGCCCGAGGCACGCCGCCAGCUUAACCUGGUCAUGGAGUCCGACCUGGGCACAUUCCGGCCGCUGGGGCUCAGGCUGGCCGCCACCGACACGCGCGCGCGCUGCAUGGUCGCGCAGGUGCUGCGCCUGUUCGGGUCCAUCAACGCGACGCAAUUGACAUUGGGGCCCGACGGACCGGAUAUCCAGCCCUGGGUGGACGCCGGCGUCCCGGGCGCCUCGCUGGACACGGCCAACAAAGAGUACUUCUACUUCCACCACACGGACGGUGACUCCAUGACCGUCGAAGACCCGACCAACCUAGACUUGUGCACUGCCCUUUGGGCGGCCUCUGCGUUUGUCUUCGCCGACCUGAGCGAGCGCCUUCCGCGGCCGUAGGACCUAUGCUCAAGGACUACUCUCCUCGUUCACGUCAUUGAUGGCGAUCUUAUCUUAUUGGUUUGUCAAUUGACAAGGAAAGCUGAGUACUCAACUUCACCAGACGGCACUUAAGCGAAAUAAAUAAAUGAAUAAAUAAUUAGGAAUCAUC